UUCCACCAAAGGAGAGACAUGUGCAGACACCGUUUGCUGUAUGUGUAUUGCAAACAUAAACAUUCCAGUUAGAUUAGAAAAAAGAAUGUGACAUGAGUGUGCGAUCAGGGUUUAGUUUGGGGCCUGUGGGAUACACUCAUUUAAAACGGAACAUUACAAAAGAAGAAGAAUCAUUAUGCGUUAAAAUUUUCCAUGGGGCUGAUGAAGGAAGAAAAGGCUAUUUGUCUAGAACAGACUUAAAGGUGGCAAUGGUGGAACUGCUAGGAUAUAAACCUACAAAGUUUGAAGUAAACCAUUUACUACAGACAUAUGGAGAAGAUAUUGAUGAUCAAGUGAAAGGUAUGACACUGGAAAGAUUUGUGUCAUGUAUGAAGGAGAAACUGGCAUCACAAGAUGAGGAUGAGGAGAUAAGACACACCUUCAUGGCUUUUGAUAUACAGUGUCGUGGUUUUCUCACUUUAGAUGAUGUAAAGAAAGUCUUCAGCAAGGUAGCUCCUCAUGUACCAGAACAAACAGUUCAUUCUGCCUUCAGAGAGAUAGAUCAGGAUGGGGAUGGCAGAGUUAGCUACAAAGACUUUGAGUUUCUGAUGAAAUACAACACUGAUGACCAUAUCUAACUGGAAUCAUCCCAUAAUGUGAUAUGAGCAAUGAGUGGAGACAAACAUGCAUAUCUUACAUUUGUAUUGUUUUGGUGACAAUUGGCAGAAAAGUACUAAGCUGAAUGUUGGUUUGCUACUAUAGGUUUUAGUAUGACGAUACUGUGUAAUAUUAGGAAGUAAGGGUUAUGAAUAAGUGACUCUGUACUUUUUCUUUGGACAUUAGAAUCCCAUGCAAACUAUAGCACAUGCUGUAUAAAGUAUGUAAUAUAGAUACAAGAUGCAUGUGUUAUAUUGUAUUAUUUGAUAGAUACCAUUUCAAUUCUACAAGUUUAAAGGAAAUGUUAUUGUGAAUUUCUUACAGAAAUGUUUCUUAUGUUUUAUUCAUAUUAGUGAAUAUGACUUCUGAAAACAUACAUGAACAUAUUGAAAAGACUAGACUUCAAGUAAUAUUAACCAUACACUGUAUUUUAUGAAUUGUUUCUGUUGAAUAAACAUCAAAAUCAUA